GGCACACCUCACGCGAGCGCGACAAGGGGCACGGGCCUCGGGGCGACAGCAGUCGGCAGCGGCAGGCAGUGGCAAGCGGCCAGUGCGCCUGCCGGCCUGCAGGCUGCUGCCUGCGCCACCGCACGCCCCCGCGGCACGGUGAACCGGUGGUGCAGCCAUGCAGGGCAGCAGCAGCAGGGCGGCCGAGCAGGAGCAGCAGUUCGGGACUCCGAGGCAGAAGAUAGCAAGGAGAGGUUAAAUGCUUAUUUAGUUUAUUGUCUCAUUGUCCAUGAAUCUAUGAUUCAAUGUCUAUUUUCAAUGAUUUGAUAUUUAAUUAGUAUGACAGCCUUUAGAAUGUCGAAAAAACUAUACACAAAUAUUUUUCAAGUUCAAGUGCUUCAACUCCACAUACUAAUGAGAAGGACAUAAAUGUUAGAGGGAUUGAAGUGCCAGAUAUGGAUAAAUAAAUAAAUGUUAGAGGGACAUCCAGAUGUAGAAAGCAAAAGCUAACAAACAUGCAUUACUAUCAUGUUGAGAUUUUUCUUGUGGCCAUUGAUGCCAUCUUGACUGGGCUGAAUCAUCGGUUUAGUGAAACUAGUUCAGAGUUAUUAGUAUGUAUGGCUUGUUUUAACCCAAGAAAGUCAUUCUCUAAUUUCGAUGUGGAUAAACUUGUGAGACUUGCUGAAAUCUAUUCUGAGAAUUUUGAUAUUGGUGAACUUACUGUUUUGCCAACUGAACUUAAAUCCUUCGUCAACCGUGCUAGAAGAACUCCAGAUUUACUUGGAUAUAAUGAACUUGGAAAAGUUGCUGAAAUUAUGGUCAAGACUAAUAUGAACACAUCUUAUCGAUUGGUUUAUCGUCUCAUUGAGCUAACCUUGAUACUACCGGUGGCAACAGCUUCAGUUGAGAGAAUAUUUUCAGCCAUGUCCAUCAUAAAUACAGAUUUGCGUAGUAAAAUGGGUGAUGAAUGGCUCAAUGACUUGAUGAUUUGCUAUAAUGAGAAGGAGAUAUUUAGAAAGAUUGGUAAUGAGCAGAUCAAAAAGAGAUUUGAAGAGAUGAAAAAUCGUCAUUGCUUCUUCAGAUGAAUAAUGGGUGUCACUGUCACGCGUGGCGUCUAUUAGUUUCGUAAUUUGGCUUUUCGGUAUGGAUAAACCGCAUCCUUUAUUUUCAUGAUUUAUUUUGUGAUUUUCAUUGUCCAUCGAUGUUUUAAUAUGAGACUACUUCAAACUAUUAUAUUUGUCUUUUCUGAGAUGUCGUAGUGGUGUUAUGUCUUUUGUAGCAUUUUUUUUCAGCCCCUCCAAAAUUUUUUCCUGGCUUCGCCCCUGUAUGCAAACAAGCGCAGCACGUUGGUCAUUGCUUCAUGUAUGCAUGUUUCUUGAAAGGCAAUAUAGAGAGACUCCAAAUGGGAUUAGGAAGCAAUGGGAAAGACAGAUCCAACAUUUGUGGCUAAU